AUGCGUAGCAGAACGACGUUGCCGUUGUCUUUCAACCGACUCGACUUUUUGCCAAAUAGUUCGGAUUGGCAAAUAUUGAAUGCAUCUGUCGAUGGACGUCUUAUUUCAGCACAACCAUCCGCUGCCGUUUGUGAAUCGACUCCACCAAAUGUGGAUGCAUGUAAUAUUGCUAAAGCUCAAUGGUCAAAUGCAUCAUGGCGUAGUGAUCAAUACGUAUCAUGUAUUGAUGAAGCUGUAUCAUAUGCUGUUCGUGUGGGUGCCGGCGUUCAAUGGGGUGAAGUAUAUGCAUGUUUGGCUCAAUACAAUUUGAUUGCAAUCGGCGGAGCGUCGAGUACUGUGGGUGCCGCUGGUGGCUACUUACAAGGAGCGGAUGGUCAACGUCGUACAGUGAAUGAUUGUCAAAAUGCUGAUCUAUUUUGGGCAUUACGAGGUGGAGAUGGUGGAACUUUUGCCAUUGUACUCUCAGUUGUUUUACGAGCUUUUCCAUCACCAUCGAUUUUAGUCACUUAUUACAACUUCGCUGCACCGAAUGAAGAUCGCUAUGCUACUUUUCUUCGUGAUUUUAUUCGAUUAAUACCCACAUUAGCCGAUGAUGGUUGGUCUGGUUAUUUUUACAUAUCAGAUACGAAUAUAAGUACGACUCUUGUUUGCCCAAAUAGUAAUAUAACUGAAGUAAAUGAAACAUUCGAUAAAUUCUUAAAUAAUAAUACAGACUUACAAAUAAUACACCCAUCAGCACUUUCUUUUCCAUCAUUUUAUGAAUUUUUUUAUAAUGCAUUUACACAAUACAAUCCCGCAGGUAUCAACGUUCUACUUGGUUCUCGUCUAAUACCCGAAAGUAUUGUUCGAAAUCAACCCGAUCAGCUAGCUAAAAUAUUUAAUCAAAUUAAAGGUCAGAGUCAUAAUCAAUCAAUUCUUGUUGGACAUCUUGUGGCUGGUGGACAGGUGUCUCAUGUGAGAAAUACUAGUGCUAAUCCAGUAUGGCGUACAAGUCUUCUUCACAUGGCCUAUGCACAGUUUUGGUCCGAUGGAACAUCUCUGAAUGAUCAACAAAAACAUGCAGAACAUGUUAGAAAUCAAGUAAAUAUUCUACAAACAAUGGUAGGUGGUGAUCAAUCAGGCUGUUAUAUGAAUGAAGCCGAUCCAAAUGAACCAGAUUGGCAACAAAAAUAUUUCGGUACCCAAGCAAUUUAUGAUCGACUUAAAACAAUUAAACAAACAGUUGAUCCAUCUGGAUUAUUUAUAUGUAGGAAGUGA